AUGACAAUGAUGACCGUUGCGGCUUUACAAAAAGCCGGUGAAGUAUUGCUAUCAUCCGAGAAAAUUGAAAUACCACUUCUUGAUCAGGUUGUGAAUAUAAUGAAUCAGUCAACAGGUGAAACUCAGCAGCUUGCAUCAAAAAUUCUUACGGAACUGAAACAAAAGGACACAUCAUGGACACGUGUUGAUGGUAUUUUAGAGUACAGUCAAUUGAUGGAAACUAAAUAUUACGCGUUACAAAUACUUGAAUCAUUGAUUGAAACUCGUUGGAAAUCAUUACCACGUGAGCAAUGUGAAGGUAUAAAAUCGUUCAUCGUUGAACUAGUGAUAAAGAUCAGUAGUGAGGAAAUUGCAAGUCCGCAAAUCAAAACGUAUCUUCAGAAACUGAAUUUGGUUCUCGUCCAGAUUGUUAAACAAGAGUGGCCAAAACACUGGCCGACAUUUAUGGCCGAUAUCGUUGGUGCUAGCAAAGUAAACGACAAUCUCUGCUUGAAUAACAUGAUCAUUUUGCGCCUACUCAGUGAAGAAGUGUUUGAUUUUGAUGGUGAAAUGACUCAGGCAAAGGCUCAUCAUCUGAAGAAGACAUUUUGCAGCGAAUUUCAGGCUGUCUUCAAUUUGUGUUACACAGUCAUGGAAUCAUCCGAUAAUGCACCGUUAGUGGAUGCAACAUUACAUACCUUACAUCGCUUUAUGAGUUGGAUUCCUAUUGGAUAUAUUUUUGAGACAAACUUGAUUGAUUUGCUCACUAAAAAGUUUCUCGGAGUGGCAAUGUUUCGCUGUAUUACGGUGCAGUGUUUGACUGAAAUAGCAUCGCUGAGUGUUGCACAAAUGGAACAGCAAAAUGAACUUUAUGCAAAUCAAGUCAAAUCGCUGUUCAGAAACUCAAUGAUGCAGAUUAUGAAUACAAUCGAUCCAGGAGUUGAUCUCUCUGACGCUUAUCGACGCGGUACUGAUGCUGACCAAAAGUUUAUAGCCAAUUUGGCGCAAUUCUUGGGAACAUUUUUGAAAGAAAAUUCUCAGCUUGUUGAAGUCUUUGGUGACAAAACUGACGAAUUAGAUCUGAAAAGUGCGCACGAAAUGGCGUUGCAGUAUUUGUUGAAGAUAAGUAUGGUUGAUGAUGUCGAAGUGUUUAAAAUAUGUCUAGACUACUGGAACUGGCUUUGUGCGGAACUGUAUCGAGAAUUCCCGUUCCAAAUUGAUCGUCCAAUAAUAAGUGCGUUUCCAAUGUUUGUCGGACAGCAAGAACCUCCUCGACGUUUGCUUUACAAUAAUGUUUUAUCCGAGUUACGACUAGUAAUGAUAUCGAGGAUGGCAAAACCAGAAGAAGUUCUUGUUGUUGAAAAUGAUCAAGGCGAAGUGGUGCGCGAACUUAUCAAAGAUACGGAUUCAAUUACUCUCUACAAAACCAUGAGGGAAACGUUGGUUUACCUGACUCACCUUGACUACAAGGACACAGAAAUGAAAAUGACUGAGAAGUUGCAGAAUCAGGUUAAUGGCAAAGAAUGGUCGUGGAAGAAUCUGAAUACGCUUUGCUGGGCAAUCGGUUCAAUCAGUGGCGCGAUGAUGGAAGAGGAUGAAAAGCGAUUCCUAGUUGGAGUAAUCAGAGAUUUACUCGGAUUGUGUGAACAGAAACGUGGUAAGGAUAACAAAUCGGUGAUCGCAUCGAAUAUAAUGUAUGUCGUCGGACAGUAUCCACGUUUCCUUCGAGCACAUUGGAAAUUCUUGAAGACUGUUAUUAACAAGCUUUUCGAAUUUAUGCACGAAACACAUGAGGGAGUGCAGGAUAUGGCUUGCGAUACGUUUAUUAAAGUAGCUCAUAAAUGCAAACGUCAUUUUGUGCUGACCCAAGCGGGUGAAACAGGUCCAUUUAUUGAUGAGAUUUUGAGCGGACUGAAUUCAAUAAUUUGUGACUUAUCUCCACAACAAGUUCACGUGUUUUACGAAGCUGUUGGUUGUCUCAUAUCGGCACAAACUGAUCCGGCAAUUCGUGAAAGUCUUAUUGAACGCUUGAUGCAGCUACCAAAUUCGAUUUGGGAAGAAAUUAUUUCGCAUGCCAGUCAGGAUAUUAAUGUAAUGAAAGAACAGGAAGUUGUCAAGAAUAUUGUUAAUAUCUUGAAAACAAACGUUGCUGCUUGUCGUUCGAUUGGAGAGCCUUUCAUUUGUCAGCUUUCGAAAAUUUAUCUGGAUAUGUUAAAUGUUUACAAAGUUACUUCGGAAAAUAUCAGUGGUUUGGUAGCACAAUCAGGUGAAGAGAUUCUCAAGCAGCCUCUACUGAAACAGAUGAGAGCUGUUAAACGUGAAAUACUAACACUUAUUUCAACAUGGAUCAGUAAAACAUUGGAUGCAAAUAAAAUUUCGUUCCUCCGUUGUUUGAUGCGGUUCUCUUUUGAUUAUCAACGUAAUUGUUCAGCAGCUCGUGAACCAAAAGUCCUUUCAUUAUUGUCUAUUAUCGUUUCACAACUGCAAUCGGCAGCUAAUCAAGAAGUUAUGCGUAUACUAGAUGCUGUCUUUACUUGUACUCUGGAGAUGAUCAAUCGCGAUAUGGAAGAAUAUCCGGAACAUCGCCUGAAUUUUUUCAGUCUUCUCCAAGCUUUAAAUCACGAAUGCUUCGAUGUGCUGAUAUCACUUCCCCCAGAACAUUUUCGCUUGAUUGUGGACGCGGUUGUUUGGGCUUUUAAGCAUACUAUGAGAAAUGUUGCAGAGAUCGGUUUGGAUAUUUUGAAAGACAUGCUUACACAGUUCGGCGUGCACAGAAAUAAAGAGCGGGCACAAACUUUCUACAAACACUUUUUCAUGGAAAUACUCGUCCAUGUGCUAACUGUUGUUACCGAUAGUAACCAGAUCAAAAUUCUCGGCUUAUCGUGCUAUGCGGACAUUUUGUGUACAUUGUUCUAUGCGGCCGAAGUAUCUAUUACUGAGCAACUGAAUCCACCUCAGUCAAACAUCGAUUAUAUUUACAUGCAUAUAAGCGAAACUUUUGCUCAAGCAUUCGACAAUCUGACGCCGUAA